CGCUGCGAGGCCGGGCGGGGGGCCCCGCCUCCUGCGCGCUCCGGGCCGGCCCAGCGCCCGGCAGACGCACGUCUCGACCCCGUCCGGCUUGCGCGCCUCGCAGCCGCGUGGAGACCCUUCUGCUCCGGGGCACAAUGGCAACUCUUAAGGAGAAACUGAUUGCACGGGUUGCAGAAGAGGAGGCAGCGGUCCCAAACAAUAAGAUCACUGUAGUGGGCGUUGGACAAGUUGGGAUGGCCUGUGCGAUCAGCAUUCUGGGAAAGUCUCUGGCUGAUGAACUUGCACUCGUGGAUGUUUUGGAAGAUAAACUCAAAGGAGAAAUGAUGGAUCUGCAGCACGGGAGUCUAUUUCUCCAGACACCCAAAAUUGUGGCAGAUAAAGACUACUCUGUGACUGCCAAUUCCAAGAUCGUGGUGGUGACUGCUGGAGUCCGCCAGCAAGAGGGGGAGAGCCGCCUAAAUCUGGUGCAGAGGAAUGUCAAUGUCUUCAAAUUCAUUAUUCCUCAGAUAGUCAAGUACAGUCCUGACUGCAUCAUAAUUGUGGUUUCCAACCCAGUGGAUAUUCUUACGUAUGUUACCUGGAAACUAAGUGGGUUACCCAAGCACCGUGUGAUUGGAAGUGGAUGCAAUCUGGAUUCUGCUAGAUUUCGCUAUCUUAUGGCUGAGAAACUUGGCAUCCAUCCCAGCAGCUGCCAUGGAUGGAUUUUGGGAGAACAUGGCGACUCAAGUGUGGCCGUGUGGAGUGGAGUGAAUGUGGCAGGGGUUUCUCUCCAGGAACUGAAUCCAGAAAUGGGAACGGACAAUGAUAGCGAAAAUUGGAAGGAAGUGCAUAAGAUGGUGGUGGAAAGUGCCUAUGAAGUCAUCAAGCUAAAAGGAUACACCAACUGGGCUAUUGGACUAAGUGUCGCUGAUCUCAUUGAAUCAAUGUUGAAAAAUCUGUCCAGAAUUCAUCCAGUGUCAACGAUGGUGAAGGGAAUGUAUGGCAUUGAGAAUGAAGUCUUCCUGAGCCUCCCAUGUAUCCUGAAUGCCCGGGGAUUGACCAGUGUCAUCAACCAGAAGCUGAAGGAUGAUGAGGUCGCUCAGCUGAAGAGAAGUGCAGAUACACUGUGGGACAUCCAGAAGGACCUGAAAGACCUGUGACUUCUGGCUUCUAGGCUGUAGAAACUUA